CUGCUCUGCCAUUGGAUGGUGUCGUUAAAUCGUAAGCGUCACGAUUCUACACGGCGAAAAACACCCGUAUGUACUCGCAGCUUUAUGUCCGGUACGAUAGUGGAAACAUGUCUGGAAGGAGGGAGCCAAGCGGAGGAACAUCGUUUAUGAAAUUCUCACCUGAGUCAUAAACUGCACUUUGACCAGGCAGGGCGGACGGUGGCUUUUUUUUUUUUUUUUUAACAUUUCACGAGGAGCCAAAUUGUUAUUUCACGGAAGCGGGACAGUGCGGACCGAAUGGACGGAUAAAGAAAGAACCGGUGCUUGAUCUGAAGAAGCAGCCUAACAGGCAGGCGGGACCGGGACCGGGUAGAGAGAGAGAGAGGGAGGGAGAGAGAGAGAGAGAGAGCGUCUCUACACAAGACAGGGGUAUCCUUGCAAGGGGAUGUUAUCCGUACUGUCUUAUGGCAGACUGGUUGCCAGGGCUGUCCUCGGCGGACUCUCUCAGACGGACGGUCGGGACUACAGCCUGAUCAGCGCCAGUUGUGGUUUCGGUAAAGACUUCCGAAAGGGGAUCCUGAAGAAAGGGAUGUGCUACGGCGACGAUGCCUGCUUCAUUGCACGGAACAGGGCAGCAGAUGUUUUGGGGGUUGCAGACGGCGUUGGUGGUUGGCGUGAUUAUGGCGUGGACCCUUCUCAGUUCUCUGCCACCUUAAUGAGAACCUGUGAGCGACUUGUGAAGGAGGGACGCUUCACUCCAAGUAGUCCAGUGGGUAUCCUGACCUCUGGCUACUACGAGCUUCUACAGAACAAAGUCCCCCUACUAGGGAGCAGUACAGCCUGUAUCGUGGUCUUGGACCGACGGAGUCACCGGCUACACACAUGCAACCUUGGUGACUCCGGCUUCCUGGUGGUUCGGGGAGGAGAGGUGGUUCAUCGCUCAGACGAGCAGCAGCACUACUUCAACACGCCCUUCCAGCUGUCCAUCGCUCCUCCAGGAGCUGAGGGAGUGGUGCUCAGCGACAGUCCUGAAGCAGCGGACAGCUCCUCUUUUGAUGUGCAGCUUGGUGACAUCAUUUUAACGGCAACUGACGGCCUCUUUGACAACAUGCCGGACUACAUGAUUCUGCAGGAGCUAAAAAAACUCAAGACUACAAACUAUGACAGCAUCCUGCAGACUGCACAGAGUAUUGCAAAGCAAGCUCAUGACCUUGCUUACGACCCCAACUAUAUGUCGCCUUUCGCACAGUUUGCCUGUGACAAUGGCCUGAAUGUAAGAGGGGGGAAGCCAGAUGACAUCACGGUGCUGCUGUCCAUAGUGGCGGAAUACACAGACUGAAAAUAUGUGUGUGUGUGUGUGCGCGCGCUUCUCUGGGGCUGGUCCUUCCCUCUUGUCUGCCUGAGUCUUCCACCUGCGGCCCUCCCCCCUUAAAAAAAUGCACCGCAUCCUGUGGGCUGACAGGGAAGGCCCUUUAACUCGUCGCACACUCCCUAGCCGGGGGGCUGAUGUUCAACUGUGUACAUCUUUAGUUCCCUUCCUCUGUUUUGCUUCGGUGCUCCAACGGUUAAGGGGAAGCAGACAUAAAGGACCAUUUUCAUGUUGAUCAUGAUGCAGGAGGAGCCGAGUACAGUGGCCUGAGGGAUGCCUUUCAGUCUUGCAUGUCCCACUGCACUGCAUCAACACUUCUUUGGUAAUGGGACUGUUUUGUCUGACUGAGGGCUUUAAAACCUGGAAGCCUCUCUGUGUAAAAAAAAAAAAAGUGAAAUAAUAAGAGGUGUAAGCCAUGGUGUGGAUCCUUAAGAGAGUAGUGAUAGUGUUGACUUUGAACCCGGCAAUCUGUCUCCGUUGUUCCAAUCUGUUCCUUGUUGUAAACGUGUUUGAACAAAGCAUAUAGAUGGACUGAGGAAGCUGAUACUGGGUGUGGAGAGGGCCUUAUUAAAAAAAAUAAUGUUCAGAGUUUGGUUUGGGAAUGUGAGCGAUGGUAGAGCUAACGAGUAAAAGCUCAGAUUAAAUGAAUAUGUAAAGGAAACUAACACUUGUUUGAGUUUCACUUGAAGGUUGAUCCGUUUUCGUCACUUUGCUUGGGGGUCUGUUGGUGCGCACACCCUGAUAAGUUGUAAAUAUUCUUGUGUUUUUAGGGCUACGUUCAGGCCUUUCUGUUGUCUUUGCUUUGGGUGUUAAAGCAAUUAUUUGGUUACAAUUGUGGAAGAUGUACACAUGCAUUCAUAACUAUAUUUUUCUUGUAUAGAUGUUGAUCUUGGAGUGAGCUUUAUCUACCCCACACUUCCACUUGCUGAAAUGAACAAGAAGAUAAUGUGUCGAGAUUGCUUGUUGCCGUGUCCAUGUGGGAGGAAAGCUGUGAAAAGUGUGUGCGUGCAUGUGUUUGGCAUACAUGUGAUAUAUUGUGGUUGGAGUGGGUGGUGUAUUUAAUGUAAACAUCUGAUGUCUCACAAAGCUAAAUCUAGCAUCUGGGAAUGCUUACUAAUGCAAUGAUAGGUCAGGCGUGAAUUUUAAAGGAAAAGAUGUAUUUUUUUAACAUUAUUUAGUUUUAAAGUUAGAGUUUGAAUUGUCUGUGUGAUGGAUGACAAAAGAUCCUGCUAUCUUUAGAGUCAGGUGUCUGUGUGGGUGUGUACUCUGUUUGUUCCUAUGUUCCUUAUUUCCCUUUACAUUUGUUUGCUGCUCCCAGUGAAGAUGUCUGUACUCAACUUGACAUGAUUUAUAUAAACGCAAUCACCAUGAUUGUAAUAUGUGUGCCGCAUCACAUUACAUUAAUCAAAGACAAUGAUAAUACUGUUCUGCCUGUGAUAGUCCAUCCUUUUGUCUAACAGCUCACCCAAGUGGUUUGGACAAUGUCUUCAAGGUGAAAAAGUAGGUGCACCAAAGACACAUUUUCUAUGUGUAUGUAAUUAUGCUUUGUUGUUAAAAACAUCAGACAGCAAUACUGUAAACUCCAUGUGCUCUGAGUUUCGUGUGAUGACCAGAAGUGUGGGUGGAAAUGUUCAGAGGGACAUACAAAUAUAUUUUCUAUGCUUACAGUUGUUUUAUCAGAACAAAAAGAGUGUACCAUAUUUAAGUUAUAUGUGACUGGUUGCAACAAAAUACAAGACAGGUUUAUGAAACCAAAGAAGGAAAGCCAUAUUUAGACACAUGAUUGCUCCGUGAGCCCUGCUGUUAAAACAUGUUUUUUUCCCCCUCAUAUACUUAAUGGUGGCAAUGAUAUCUGUCCGUCUUGCACUGUUCUUCUGCAUGGUUUCUACACAUAGAGGCACUGUUUAAGAAAGUUCAGUUGCUCCUGCUGUUAGAAUGGUUUAUAAAUGUUGUAGAAUGGUUCUUGUAUUUUCUUCAGUGAUAGCCCUAUGUUUGACAGAAAGAUGGAUCCCACAUGCAAAAAGAAGCGGUGGUGAAGGAGGUAAUGGUGCUGUGAACUUACAGUAUGAGGGUGAGCACAGUUUCAGCCUUAACAAAUAGCUAGACCUGUAAUCAAGAGGCCUUUCCUGUCAUUGCAAGCUUGUUUCAUCUCGGUCAUGUUGUUCAGCAUUUGAUGUAAAUGAAGUCUGCCCGUAUGUAUCUGUAAAGCUGUUCUCAAAGGUGCUUCUGCAGUCCGUAUGUUAUGAUUGUCAUCUUUUCAGCAAGCAAUGUUUGUGUGUAUGGAAGAUACACGUGUCUAAUGUGUACCAAUGCAGGUCUAAUUUCUGUAAAUAUGUUUAAAAAUAUGUACAAUAUUUAAAUAAAGAAUCUAGUAUUUAUACUAAA